AUGCUGUCUCCGCACUUCAUCUGUGCAGCUAUCGACGGGACCCGCGGGUUGAAGAUUGAAGCCGUGAACUCUUGACGUCCCAACAUCCACGUGUCCCAAAAGGUUCUCGGAAAUUUCAGUUUCUGAGAAAAUAUUGUAGCGCGAGAUUGAGAUUGAGAUUUGCAAGGUAAGAAUAAAAAAAAGGACACUUUGCUAACGAUCGAUUUGCAGAAAGCAAGUAGUGAGACGAGAGAUGAAGUCGAGAUCGCGUACCCGAUUGGAGCGCCGCGUCGGCCAGCUCAUCAUCUUUUACAAGCGCAAGAACGAAACGGUCGAGGAGGAAAUGAUCCGGGUGUCGGUGGAGCCGAGCGAAGGAUCCGGCAAGAUCGGUAGCCGCCGCGAGGACACCCUCCGCUCGUCGGCCAGCUCGCCGAGCCGCAUCUCUUCGGAGCCCGACUUCCGCAAGGUCAAAAUGGUGACGUCGGACGCGAAUACGAAGGCGAAAGAGGAGCGGAAGCGGAGAAAGAAGAAGCAGCGGAAGGGGACGAUCUACGUGUCGCGCAAGUGGAAACCCAGCGAACGGGAACGGACCAAGGGAUCGGACGGAAAAUGGAUCGGGGAGGAGGGAAUCGACGAGGAGACUCGGAAGAUCCUCGACGAUCUGCGGGUGCUGAACAGUCGCAUCCGCAAAAGAUUCGGAAUCGGGCUGACGACGAGUACGGGCAUGGCGAAGAUCGGAACGAAUGCGACGGAGACGGACGAGAGCGUCAGGUGAGAUCCUUUUGGAAAUUUGGUAUGAAAGCUCAUGAACUGUCACUGGUAAGAAAUGUCUGGGAGUCGAUCCUUGACGGUCCCAGACGGUCCUCCCUUACUAUUCUUAUUUCCAGUGCUUCCUUCGAUUCGGACGACCAGGUGCUGACUGCGGAGGCCUAUGACUGGCGUGGAUGGUUAGUAGUUUCCCAUCUGCCCUCCCGAUCCAAUCCAAUCCAAUCCUUUCAGUCGCCUGCUCAACCCGCUGGCCCUCACCCCAUUCGCCGGCCACAGCGACGCCAAAAAGGCGCGUCGCAAGGAGGCGAAAGAGCGAGAGAAGCGCGGCGAACCGGCCUCCUCCCGGAGCAUCUCGAUGCUCGAGCAGCACGAAGAGACCGACUCGCCGAACCGUCCGCUCGUCCGCUUCAGCUCGAACACGCGCUUUCCGGGCGCCCGCUCGCCGGCCACCCGCCAAAGAGCCCGCCGACUUUUGCAAGUGUACGCCGAGUCGAGAUGCUCGCGCAGCCUGAGACGCUCGAAGAGACGCGUGCGGAAGAGCAAGGAGACGGAGAGUUCGACGAGAAGCGAGAAGGUGCAGAACAAGAAGUACACGCCGUCCAACUCUGUCAGCGUCAAAGGCUUCGACCACAAAGGGAUGUGAGUCAGAGUUGAGCGGAAGAACUCAGCGGAAGAAUUUUUAUUUUUUUUAGAACAUUUUUUCAUGAAAUGUGAUCAACUGACGAAAUGUAUAGCAAAGUGAACUCUGCUCAUAGAAAAAUAAUUGUUAAUUUAACUUUUCAUACAAAAAAGUUAUUCGAGUUGUUGCGUGAAAAUGUCCUUCCGUCUUCCGUUAGCCCUCCCUUUUUUCACGGAACAACUCGAAUAACUUUUUUGCAUGAUAAGCUAAAUUUACAAUUAUUUUUCUAUGAGCACAAUUCACUUUGCUAUACAUUUUGUCAGUUGAUCACAUUUCAUGAAAAAAUUUUCUAAAAAAGAUAAAAAUUCGUCCGUGUUCUUCCGUUGAACUCUGAUGUGAGUGGCCCUUUUCGACAGGCUAGCUCCCACUGAUCUCUUGUUGCAGGCCUCUCUCGAACCCGAUGGCAGUGACGCCGUUUCCGCGGGCCUGUUCGACCGGAACCCGUGACAGAGCCCGUAAGAUGCUCGUGGCGUUUGCUCUGAAAGAGAGGGAGAAGGAGCGGGCCGCCCUGAAAGCCGCUGAAAGAAAGAAAGAAGAAGAAGAAGAAGAGGAAGAAGACUCUCCUUCGCUGAAACCGACUCGCUUCAGUUCGGACACUCGUUUCCCGGGCGCCCGUUCGCCGGCGAGCCGCGAGAAAGCGCGCGCCAUGCUCCAACAGUGUCAGAUUCCGAACGGAUGUGAUGAAGAGAAAGAGAAGGAGAAGGAGAAGAAGAAGACGCUGGAGACGUCGGGAAGCAUGAAGACGAUCUACUCGAAAAGGUUUGCUUGGCCCCGCUGCACUUUGCAAAAUCUCUGGGGGUUUUCCAGCUCGAGCACUAUUUCGAGCAACUCGUCGAGCAGCAACCGAGGGAAGAAGAAAAAGAAGAAGAUGGUGGUGAAGGAGGGAGAGCGCGAGCAGUUUCACCGCGGAAUCUCGGAGCUCCGCGAGCAAAUGAAAAGACCGGAACGCUCGCGAAACACACCGAAAAAGAAGUCGUCCGGGUACGAUGUGACGCAGAGCCAUUCGGACGAAUCCGACUGA